ACAAAAGCCACGGGACGCAACUGUCACAAUUUGAUAAUGAAAGCUAACGAGUCACUCAAACAUUGCUUAUCAAUCCCUGGGUUGAGUGGUGGUGGUAUAUAACCCAGCGGCCACUGUUUGCGUCGCCACUGCCUCCCAAUACACCACCAUGAGGACCGUGAUUGUGAUAUUGUCAGUGGUAGCAGCCACGUGGGCUGAGGCACCCUACCACCUGCCUCGGCCGGGACCGAACCAGCCAGCUCUGAACUAUCCGUCAGCACCAGCACCUCCGCCACCGCCGCCUCCACCACCAGUAUUUGCUCCCCAACCACCGGUAUUUGCCCCAGCCCCGCCCCCGCCACCCCCGGCAUACCCACCUAUAGCCCCAGCUUCUCAACCUCAACCUAGACCACAGUAUCCUCAAUAUACACAACAGGGGUAUCACUACCAGCAACCUAGCCCUGCUUUUGUUCAGCCCCAACAGCCAGUGUUCGCACCGGCACCACAACAUUACCAACCGCAACCAGCCCCACAACAGCAGUACUACACGCCACCACAACCACAACCUCAACCCCAACUACAACCGAUUUAUCAUCAACCUGCACCCCAGCCGAUAUAUCAUCUACCCGCACCACAACCUGCACCCCAGCCUCAAUAUUACGCACCCCCUCAACCCCAACCGAUACCGCAACCUCAACCCCUUCCUCAGCCACAACCUCAGCCGAUCCCCCAGCAACCCCCAAUAACUUAUCAACCUCAACCUCGGCCCCAACCACAACCACCUAGUCCGUCGUACGGAGUUCCGAUUAGUCCUAUUCGACCUCUUCCCGCAAUCAUAGCACCUCAGCCACAAAUACAACCUCAAGCCCCGGUCCAACAGCAGCAAGUGCAGCAGCAGCAGCAGACCUCCCAGGGCUACUCCUACCAGCAGCCUCAAGCUCAAGUCCAACAACUGCCGCUUCAGAACCAACCAUCAGGUGGUGACAUAUCCAGCUACCAAGCUGACUCCCACCAGUACAAUACCGUAGAGCAGGCUCAAACCCACAAGGAGGCACUGGACGAUGUCGUCGUCAACCGCGUCCAAGACAUAAUCAAGGACAACGAACACUCCUCGGCGAAAGAAAGAGGCUACUUGUCUUUAGUUUCCGGAGUAUCAUUGGAGAACGCCAAGCCCAGUCUAGAAAUUCUGUCCUUCCAACAGAAAUCCCCACUGACUGGGUCCUCUGAGAGCUCCUAUUCCAACACCAUAUCAGGUGAUAUCGACUCUGGUUUUGGAUUCCUGCCACAAACGAAACCGGCUACUUCAUACGGUGUGCCAAACUAAGUGAAAUUCUAGUGUAACUUUUGUAUACUUUGUAAAUAAAGUGUUUUAAGUGUU